ACGAUUCAUCAGGUGAUGAUUCUAUCCAAACGAGAAGAACUACAGCGGACAAGUACGAUUCAUCAGGUGAUGAUUCUAUCCAAACGAGAAGAACUACAGCGGACAAGUACGAUUCAUCAGGUGAUGAUUCUAUCCAAACGAGAAGAACUACAGCGGACAGGUACGAUUCAUCAGGUGAUGAGUUCCAAACGAGAAGAACUACAGCGGACAGGUACGAUUCAUACGAGAAGAACUAGAAAGUAUAACUACAAUGAAUUUAAUAGGAAAAGAUAAAAGUCAACGUAUAAAUUACAUUCCUUUGGUAACUGUGAUUUUGAAAUGAAUAUUGGUUUCUCGGAAGUAGUUAUAUAAACAAAUAACUAUUAUUUUACACCAUAUUAAUUUAUAGAAGUAAAUGUCAAUUUUUAUCAUUAUUAAAAUAAAGAAAUUAU